AUGCCUCCGCUUUCAAUUCGCGUUUCAGGCCAGGCGACCAUCACUCGCCGCCCAGAACGAGCCGUCCUCAGAGUCACGAUCAACGCAAGUGGUGAUGAUAAAGACAGCGUCUCCACCGAGGGAACCCGUCUAUUCAAUGAAGUGGACGCGCUUUUCCAGGAACUGUCGCCUAAGACCAGGUAUGGCACGGCCACCACCGAUGCACCGGUAACGGAAUUCUCAUCUACGAUACUCCAUAUCUGGGCCCAUGACGAUGCUAUACAUGGGGGCAAACAUGCUACUCGUGCAUUUUAUGCAACCUCUAUAUCCCAUGCGACAUUCCGCGAUUUUGCCAAACUGGGUGAGAUUGCCAAGAAGCUGGACGCAUAUCCCAGCAUCGAGGUCGAGUCGAUCGAAUGGCGCUUGACGGAAAGUACUGAGAAGGCGUUGGAAUACGAUGCUCGAAAGCAGGCAAUGCAGAACGCUAUCCUCAAGGCCGAGGAAUACGCCGAAGUGAUCGGGCGGAAGGUAGUCGCUGUAGAAAUUGACGAUACGGUCCAGUCCCAGCUGGACCACAACAGAUAUUUGCGACCGGUGCACAUGGAAUACUAUGAUCGAGAACGAGAACUAUACCCGGGAUGGACCCUUAAGGCGGGCGUCGGUGGCAUUGAUCCGACACCACGAGACAUUCGACUGAUAAGCUCUCAAGUUUCCGUUAGGUUCGAGGCAGUGGACUGA